AUGCUUAGAUUGAGAAAUAUCCGCGGCUCGCCGCUUUCUAGACGUGCUUUCUCGACUUCGGCCGUUGUUUCGAGAGUUGUGGCCACCGACCCAGUCAAGGCGAAGCACGCAGAGAACAAUGGAUUUGCUGCUUCCAACUACCCAGUAAUCGAUCAUGAAUACGAUGCAGUCGUCGUCGGUGCCGGCGGUUCUGGUCUUCGUGCCGCUUUCGGUUUGGCAGAGGCUGGCCACAAGACAGCUUGUAUCACUAAGCUGUUCCCAACGCGCUCGCAUACUGUCGCUGCUCAGGGCGGUAUCAACGCUGCACUUGGCAAUAUGACAAAGGACGACUGGAGAUGGCACAUGUACGAUACUGUCAAAGGCUCUGAUUGGCUCGGUGACCAAGACGCAAUCCAUUACAUGUGUCGUGAAGCGCCACGCACCGUCGUCGAGCUGGAGCACUACGGUGUUCCUUUCUCUCGUACCGCCGAUGGAAAAAUCUACCAGCGUGCAUUUGGUGGUCAAUCACUUGAGUACGGUAAGGGUGGCCAGGCGUACAGGUGUGCAGCUGCUGCAGACCGUACUGGGCACGCUCUCUUGCACACGCUCUACGGUCAAUCACUUCGCCACGACACAAACUUCUUCAUCGAAUAUUUUGCACUCGACUUGAUCAUGGAAGAUGGCGAGUGUGUCGGUGUAAUGGCGCUCAAUAUGGAGGAUGGCACUCUGCAUCGUUUCAGAUCACACAACACGGUUCUCGCUACCGGUGGUUACGGUCGCUCAUACUUCUCGUGCACCUCUGCACACACCUGCACAGGUGAUGGUAAUGCGAUGGUUUCUAGAGCUGGCUUGCCGCUCCAGGAUCUUGAGUUUGUGCAGUUCCACCCUACUGGUAUUUAUGGUGCGGGCUGUCUCAUCACGGAGGGAUCACGUGGUGAGGGUGGUUACCUUCUCAACUCUGAGGGUGAAAGAUUCAUGGAACGUUACGCACCAACUGCAAAAGAUUUGGCUUCACGUGAUGUCGUCUCUCGUUCGAUGACGAUAGAAAUACGUGAAGGAAGAGGUGUGGGUCCGGAGAAGGACCACUGUUACCUCCAACUGUCUCACUUGCCACCUGAUGUGUUGCACGAGCGACUUCCAGGUAUUUCAGAGACAGCAGCCAUCUUCUCUGGUGUAGAUGUCACCAAAGAGCCAAUCCCAGUAUUGCCAACGGUGCACUACAACAUGGGUGGUAUACCAACGAAAUGGACAGGAGAGGUUUUGUCAAUCGAUGAGCAAGGCAAGGACAAGGUGGUACCUGGAUUGUAUGCGGCAGGAGAAGCAGCUUGUGUAUCUGUCCACGGAGCCAACAGAUUGGGAGCCAACUCACUCCUUGAUAUCGUUGUGUUCGGUAGGGCGUGCGCUAACCACAUUCGUGACAACAACGAAGCUGGAAAGCCACACAAGAAGAUUAGCGAAAAUGCCGGGAUGGGUAGUAUAGAGAAUCUUGACAAGGUGCGCAACUCUACUGGUCCAAAAUCUACAGCGGAUAUACGUCUUGAUAUGCAGAAGGUUAUGCAAUCAGACGCAGCUGUAUUCAGAACCGAUCAGAGUUUGCAAGAGGGAGUGGAGAAGAUGAAGAAGGUUUACGACUCGUAUGCUCAAAUUGGAUUGAGCGAUAGAAGCAUGAUAUGGAACACAGACUUGGUGGAGAGCCUCGAAUUGACAAAUUUGCUCCAGUGCGCUAUGCAGACUAUCGUGGCUGCUGCUAAUCGUAAAGAGAGCCGUGGUGCUCAUGCAAGAGAGGACUUUAGCGAGCGCGAUGAUGAAAAGUGGAUGAAACACACACUCACAUUCCAGCCAGACGUAGAGAGCAAUAACGUUGAUCUUACGUACAGGGCUGUUGAGGGCGAGACGCUGGAUGAAAGUGAGUGCAAGUCGGUACCGCCAUUCCAGCGUUCAUACUAG